UUUUUCCAAUGUUCAGUGACGUUGGAUGUGCGACAUCGUUACGUAUGUCAGUAAAGCGGAAGUACCGGUAGAGGCUGGCUGAAAACUGUUAGCUGUAUUUCUUUCUCUUCUUGAAUGCUACUCGUUUUGGUACGGAGUCAUCAUGUCAAAGCAGCCGCUGGGGAAGACGUUGUUGAAGAAUGUGAUCCGCCACACAGAUGCCCACAACAAGAUCCAGGAGGAGAUGGAGAUGUGGAAAAUGCGAAACUGGGAGGUCCACACGUCCCACCCCAAACAUUUGUCAGACGCAAAGAAUAUGAGGGGGCAAAUGCACUGUGAUCGAGUAUCAGAUCGUUCUAGAGAGCGAGUCUCGGAACACGAUGACAGGGAGGCUCGAUACUGGAGUCGAAAACUGUAUGAAUUUGAGGCCAAUGAUCCUGACAGGUGGGGACAUAGUGGCUUCAAGGAGCUUUAUCCGGAGGAGUUUGAAAGCGACAGUGAAGAAAACAGUGGCACAAAGAAGAUCAGACGCCACAAAAUGAAAAAGUCCAAGUCUGCCACAGAUGCAAGCUUAACGAAACGAUCAAAAAAAUCCUCUCGGAAGAAGAAAAAGAAGAAGAAAAACGAGGAGGAAAAGCGUAAGAAAACAGAGUGCUCGAGCAGCGACAGCAGCAGCGAUGACAGCAGCGCCACUAAAGACAAGCAGCGGAGGAAAAGGACUAAAAGUCGACAUAAAAACAAGAAGACGGCAAAAACCAGAGGGAGACACCGGGAAAGCAGUUCAGAUGACAGUAAUGAUGAAGUAGAAAGGGAGAGACGGACACAAAGGCGCAAAAAGCGAAAGCAGGACUCCCACAAAGACUCAGACUCGGGGCCAAACUCAAAAAAGAGCAGAAGAAACGGUAAAGCCGCCGUUGAGGAAAGCUUGGAUGAUAGUUCUGGAGACUGA